AUGGGCUCACACCUUUCUCGAGAGGGCGCCCCGCCAAUGAACCCAAGCCGAGAUCUCUGUUCCCCUCAUCAAUGCGUGACGACACAUCCUGAUAUCAAGAGCGACGCUCGUCCACCGUCCACCCAGCAAGCCGUAGAGCCUGUCCUCUCCGAUCUUGAGUUCUCAGAAAAGGCAACGAAGCACACAAGGGGAACGGCUUCCGCUACCCGGGUCCGGAUGCCACCCACAUGGCGUGCCUGUGAGCACGUAGUGUACAGUGCAGCGUGGCAUAGGAAGCGAGACGUUCCAUCGAGACUGGAACCCGUCAUGCCAUCCUCUCUCGUCAGCCGCAAGAUGGCAUCGAAGAAGAGAAAACGACUGGUCGCCUUGCGAGACUUCAAGAGACAAUUCUUGUCGGCCCAGGCGCGGGGCAUGUGUGGGAGCGGAAAGGCUUCGCCGCGCCGGGAGAAUGUCCAUUUUGCAACAACGGCAGGGUGCUAUUCGGGCACCCUCGAGAACGUGAUUCGACCUCGACCGAGUUUUCCUCGGCAUGCAGCCCAUUGCUCACAUCCGAUGGGGGUAAGUCACAACAUGCGGAUGGAAGUAUCUAUAUCCGUACCAGUCUACACUGGCGCACAAGAAAGCAACAGCAGACGGCCCCUCUUUGGGCCGCAAUAUAUCAACGUGCCCUUGAAGCAAAUGCCGCUCGGGGGCUCGGAGCAGUGUAAACCUUAUCAACUGUCAAAGUAUUGA